CGCGCACGCGUGCCUGGAGCUCCGCCCCGGAACUGCAGUACAGAAGCUGCUGCAAUUCCGGGUCGGCUUUGCGCAGACCGCUCGGCGUGUGAGGUUACUGCGGCGCAACCAUGAAGUUGAAAGAGACAAAAUCAAAACCAAAGUCGGCAAGUCGUGGCACAUUUCAGAGGAAGGGCAUCAAAGUUGUGGGGAAAUGGAAGCAAGUGACGAUCGACCCAAAUCUGUUUGCAGACGGACAGAUGGAUGACUUGGUGUGCUUUGAGGAACUGACAGAUUACCAUUUAGUCAAGAAUCCCUCCCGUUUGUUCUCAAAUGAGGAGACCAAGAAGCGAAAGGCCCAGGCUGUUUCAGAAGAGGAAGAGGAGGAGGAGGAGGAAGAGGAGGAAGGAGAGUCCAGCUCCCCAAAGAAAAAGAUCAAACUGAAGAAGCAGAGAGAUGCAGUACUAGUUGCUGAAGGCAGUGCUACCCGGGAUGAACAUGAAGGCAAAGCUUAUGAGCCAGAGGCUCAAGGAGAAGGCACUGUCUGUUCUGAUCAAAAGGUAGGAGGAGCCACAUCAGAAAGCCUGCCACAGGCUGUUCCAAGAAAGAAGAAAAACAAAGGGAAAAAAAAAUUAGAUACUUUUAAGAGCACUCCCCCAAAAGUACCUAAGAAAGGGAAGACAUGGACACCUGAGGUGCAUGACCAGAAGGCAGACGUGUCCGCCUGGAGGGACCUGUUUGUGCCCAAGGCUGUUCUCCGAGCACUCAGCUUUCUAGGUUUCUCUGCACCUACCCCAAUCCAGGCUCUGACUUUGGCCCCUGCCAUCCGUGACAAACUGGACAUCCUUGGAGCUGCUGAGACAGGAAGCGGGAAAACUCUGGCUUUUGCCAUCCCGAUGAUUCACUCAGUGCUGCAGUGGCAUAAGAUGAAGGCCCCACCCAUCCCAAGUACCACUGGAGUGCCACCAAGGGAGACGAGGUUAGGAGCUGCAGCCCAUCUUGGAUCACCUUGCGGGGAUGGAACUGAAUCUGGAGUGUUACCUGAGGAGGCCAGAAUUGAGACUGAAGCCCAGCCCAGUGACUCUGGGGUCCAGGCCACACCCAAGACUAGUGCCUCUGCCUCAGCCCAGGCACUGCCCUUCUGUGAUGAUGAUGAUGCUGGUGAAGGACCUUCUUCCUUAGUAGAGGAAAAGCCUGUCCCCAAGCAAAAUGAGGACAGAGAAGAAAAGUUUGAUGCAGAACAGGCUGGAAAGUUAAAACAGGAGUUGUGUAAUCAAAUUGCUGUUUAUAAAGUACACCCAAGGCGCCCUCUGCUUGGACUGGUCCUGACUCCUACUCGAGAGCUGGCUAUCCAGGUUAGACAACACAUUGAUGCUGUGGCCAAGUUUACAGGGAUUAAUACAGCAAUUUUAGUUGGCGGAAUGUCCACACAGAAACAGCAAAGGAUGCUGAACCGCCAUCCUGAGAUUGUGAUCGCCACCCCUGGUCGGCUCUGGGAGUUAAUUAAAGAAAAACACCCUCAUUUGAGUAACCUUCGGCAGCUCAGGUGCCUGGUCAUAGAUGAGGCUGAUCGCAUGGUUGAGAAAGGCCAUUUUGCUGAACUCUCUCAGCUGCUAGAGAUGCUAAAUGACUCCCAGUACAACCCCAGUCGGCAAACUCUUGUUUUUUCUGCCACACUAACCCUGGUACACCAAGCUCCUGCUCGAAUACUUCAUAAGAAACACGUGAAAAAAAUGGAUAAAACCGACAAACUCGACCUUCUCAUGCAGAAGAUUGGCAUGAGGGGCAAGCCGAAAGUCAUUGACCUCACAAGGAAUGAGGGUACAGUGGAGACGCUAACAGAGACCAAGAUCCACUGCGAGACAGAUGAGAAAGACUUGUAUCUCUACUAUUUUCUCAUGCAGUACCCAGGUCGUAGCCUGGUAUUUGCCAACAGCAUCUCUUGCAUCAAACGCCUCUCUGGGCUCCUCAAGGUUCUGGAUAUCAUGCCGCUGACCCUGCAUGCCUGCAUGCACCAGAAGCAAAGGCUCAGAAACCUGGAGCAGUUUGCUCGUCUGGAAGACUGUGUUCUCUUGGCAACAGAUGUGGCAGCUCGGGGUCUGGAUAUUCCUAAAGUUCAGCAUGUCAUCCAUUACCAGGUGCCUCGAACCUCAGAGAUUUAUAUCCACCGAAGUGGUCGGACUGCUCGUGCUACCAGUGAAGGCCUCAGCUUGAUGCUGAUUGGGCCUGAGGAUGUGAUCAACUUUAAGAAGAUUUACAAAACUCUCAAGAAAGAUGAGGACAUCCCACUGUUCCCAGUGCAGUCAAAGUACAUGGACGUGAUCAAGGAGCGGAUCCGUCUAGCCCGACAGAUUGAGAAGGCCGAAUACCGGAAUUUCCAGGCUUGCCUGCACAACUCAUGGGUCGAGCAAGCAGCGGCAGCUCUGGAGAUUGAGCUAGAAGAAGAGAUGUACAAAGGAGGAAAAGCUGACCAGCAAGAAGAGCGUCGGCGACAGAAGCAGAUGAAGAUUCUGAAGCAGGAGUUACGCCAUCUGCUCUCCCAGCCACUCUUCCAGGAGAACCUGAAGACCAGGUACCCCACACAGUCUGGCAGGCCGCCUCAGCCUGUGAUGGCCCUCAGGAAUGUCGAGUCUGCACUGAGCUGCCUCUCCAGGCAAAAGAGGAGGAGGAGGAAGCCAAAAGAGCAUCGGGCACCACCACAGCCAAGUUCAAGCACAAGCUAACUGCUCGGUCAACGUGGCGGCUGUUCAGUGCUUUCCUCCAGUUGUCUGUAAAAGCCUCCCCUCCUUGCCUGUCACUCCACCAUCCUCCUGGUGAACCUCCUGCUCUUCCAUCCUUCAGCAGAAAGACUUCCAGCACACGUGUUGUGGAGUUAAGUGGUAGGCAACGCUGUGUGUCUAUAAUCAGUGUAUGCAGGCUUCUUGUGCUCACCUUGUUUGCCAAAUUAAACCAAGUAGGAGUCAGAGACAUCCUGA